CGCACUUCCGGUCGCGCCGCGGACCGUGCUGCGCAGGUGAGUGCGGACUCGCUGCGGUUCGCGCUGUCCCGGCGGUCAGCACGCAGGGGCUCCUGCGGCCAGCCUCGCUGCCCAGCGCGUCUUGGUGCCCACCGGUGGAGAAGCUUGCGCGGCGGCCUCACAUCAGACCCAGAGCGCUUAGCAGGUGCCGGGUCUGGGAAGCUGGGUCCCUGCAGCCAGAGGGUGACUGCGUGCGGGGGCGAGGCGGCUCGAGGUGACACCGCAAGACUUUUGACGCGCUGCGGCCCUGCAGGCGCUUCAGCUCCAGACCUUCCUUGAGAGGGACACCAGGUGAUGGCAGCCAUGAUCCCGUCAGUUUGGCCCCAGGUGAGCUGUGGGUCCCUCAUCCCUUCCUCUGGGCAGUUCAGAUUGAGACCUGAGGAAAGAGCUGCUGCCGCUUGGAAGGAAAACUGCUUCUACCUGCCAGACUGGAUCUUGUGGGAAAGGUGGGCAGACAGGUAGCACAAAUGGGGGCAGUGACCAGGGAAGGUGGCAGGAAAGUGAGCCCAGUAGGUGGAGUCACACAAGGGUCUGUGCAUGAGCCACUGUGCAUGAGCACCCUGGCAGAGGGCUUUUGGAGUCCUUGGUUAGGGGUCUCUGGAGGGAGUCAGGUGGCAGAUGAGUUAGAAGCCCAGGCUACCUUUGGAAGGGAGAGGGACAUGUGUUUUACCAUAUGAGGGUGAGGGUGAUGUGUCGGGAGCAGAGCUGGGGUUGAGGUGAACCACACCAGACCUCACAGGGAUACAGUGGGGACUGCAGCUGCUUCCAGCAGCUUGCAAGUGCGAGAGUAGCAUGUCUAAAAGCACAAUUGUACAGUGGAAUUUGCUUAUGGGAAUUCUUUUUCUUUCAGCCCAGUGUGAAAAUGGCAUGCGGUUUCUGUGCUGGCCUGAGCCAUGGAAUUGGCCCUAGGGCAGCAAGAACCUGUUGUUUCAGAAGUUGGUGACCUUUGAGGAUGUGGCUGUGUACUUCACCCAGACGGAAUGGGAUGGUCUGUCCCGCGAGCAGAGGGCGCUGUACAGGGACGUCAUGCUGGAGAAUUAUAGGAACUUGGCCUCUGUGGGACUGGCACUUCUCAAACCUGCUGUGAUCUCACAGCUAGAGGAAGGAGAGGACCUGGAAAACCUAUCUCAGCUGGCCACUGGAACAGGCUCCCAGGGCCUCUGGACUGAAUAUACUGCUAUCCAGACUGGCAAUAAUUUGACAAAAGAAGUGUGUGAAGUAAAAAGGAGUGCAUUUGAACUUCAGAAGGACUUUUCUCAGGAAACAAAUUUUCCCAAAAAUUAUGUUGUUGGCCAACAACAAGAAAUCCAGUCAACAGGAAUUGUGAAGGAGGGUAUCAGUACUACUGAUGGAAGAGUUAAGACAAACUCCAUGAAAGGGUAUUUAUUUAGUCAGACUCCAAACUUGUCCCAGAAUCAUACCAACUCCACUGGAGAACAAUAUUCUGAUACCAAACUUACUAACAAUGAAAAAAUCACUAUAGAGGAAAGGCCUUUGAAAUACAAAGAGCUCGCAGAGACCUCUCAAGGUAGCUCUCAAGUUAAUCAGCAUCCAGGAAGCUGUGAUGUGGAAAAGCCCUAUCAGUGUACAGAAUGUGGCAAAGCCUUCAGUGUCAAAGCAAAAUUUGUUUGGCAUCAAAGACUUCAUAAUGGAGAGAAGCCUUUCAAAUGCCUGGAGUGUGGGAAAAGCUUCAGUUACAGUUCACACUAUAUCACACACCAAACAAUCCACAGUGGAGAAAAGCCUUACCAGUGUAAGGUCUGUGGCAAGGCCUUCAGUGUUAACGGAAGUCUUGUUAGACACCAGAGGAUCCACACGGGAGAGAAGCCCUACCAGUGCCAGGAAUGUGGGACUGGCUUUGGCUGUAGUUCUGCAUAUAUUACACACCAGAGAACCCACACUGGGGAGAAGCCUUACGAGUGCAGUGACUGUGGGAAAGCUUUCAAUGUGAACGCAAAAUUAAUUCAGCAUCAAAGAAUUCAUACAGGAGAGAAGCCUUACGAGUGUGAUGUGUGUGGGAAGGGCUUCAGGUGCAGCACGCAGCUCAGGCAGCAUCAGAGUAUACACACUGGAGAGAAGCCACAUCGGUGCAGUGAGUGUGGGAAAGGCUUCACUAAAAACGCAAAGCUCAUUCAACAUCAGAGAGUCCACACCGGUGAAAAACCCUAUGAGUGCAGCGACUGUGGGAAGACUUUCAGUGCCAAGGGAAAGUUAAUCCAGCACCAGAGAAUCCACACAGGCGAGAGACCCUAUGAAUGUAACGAGUGUGGGAAAUCUUUCAGGUGUAACUCCCAGCUUCGGCAGCAUCUGAGAAUCCAUACUGGGGAGAAGCCAUAUAAGUGCACUGAGUGUGGGAAGGCCUUCAACGUUAAUGCCAAACUGAUGCAGCAUCGGAGAACUCACACAGGGGAGAAACCUUUUGAAUGUAGUGAAUGUGGGAAGUGCUUUACUUCUAAAAGAAACCUACUUGAUCAUCAGCGAACCCAUACUGGAGAAAAGCCCUAUCAGUGUAAGGAAUGUGGGAAAGCCUUCAGCAUCAAUGCCAAGUUAACUAGACAUCAGCAAAUCCAUACUAGGGAGAAACCUUUCAAGUGUAUGGAAUGCGAGAAAGCAUUCAGUUGUAGUUCUGACUAUAUUGUGCACCAGAGGGUCCAUACCGGAGAGAAACCCUUUCAGUGCAGUGAGUGUGGCAAAGCCUUCCACGUCAACGCUCAUUUAGUUAGACAUCAGAGAAGCCAUACUGGGGAAAAGCCUUUCCGAUGUGUAGAGUGUGGUAAAGGCUUCAGCCUUAGUUCUGACUGCAUUAUACACCAGACUGUCCAUACUUGGAAGAAACCCUAUGUGUGUAAUGUAUGUGGGAAGACUUUCAGGUUUAGCUUCCAACUUAGUCAGCACCAAGAUGUUCAUAGUGAAGGGAAAUCCUAAUAGGUGGAGGAGGAGGAAGAAGAAGAAACAAAGAACGAACAAAACAAAAGAAAAACAAAAACAACAACAACAAAACUCCUGUGUUUAAUUGGAAAUGGAUCAUGGCUCAUCAGUUAUUACCUGGAGGGAAACCCUCAGAGGGAAUUGAUAGGAAAUAGAUCAUGGCUCAUCAAUUAUUACCUGGAGGAAAACCCUCAGAGGGAAAUGAAUGUGGCAGUCUUCAUUUGGAAAUGAGUUUUCUCUUUUCUAUUUUUAAUCAAGAUUAGCUGAGCAGCUGGAAAGUUAUCUAUAAAAUAACCUGUUUUUUUUUUUUUUUUUUUUUUUUUUUAAAUGAACUCGUUUUGAUAGCCUUGGCUGUCCUGGAACUCACUCUAGACCAGGCUGGCCUCCAACUCAGAGAUCUGACUGCCUCUGCCUCCUGAGUGCUGGGAUUUCAGGUGUAUGCCACCACUGCCCAGCUAAUAACUUAGUUUUAUACCAGUAAUCUGACAGGGAUAUCGUGAGAGAAAACAUCCCAUUCCCAGCAGCAUCAGGGAAAGUGGAUUUUUUUCUAGGAAUAACUUUUGUGAGACUGAAGAAAAUUAAGAAUUCUCAACUGAGGGAACCAAAAAAAAAAAAAAAAAAGUAAAAGGGGUGGAGCCAAAGUAUUUAUUUCUGCUAAGUUUUUGACAACAAGGAUACAUUAUACUUUUUUUUUUUUUUGACAGGGUUUUUCUGUGUAGCCUUGGCUGUUCUGGACUUAAUUUGUAGACCAGGCUAGCCUCGAACUCACAGAGACCCAUCUGCAUCUGUGUCUUUGAGUGCUGGAAUUACACUUCCUUUUAAAAAGGGGGGGGGGAAGUAAAUAUUAAAAAAAUAUUUGUUGGAAGAAGCCUUUAAAAAAUAUCAGAUCUAAAGAAGAUGAACAAUGAGGAAAAUGUUGACAAAUGACUCAUUAAAAAAUAAACCUGUGUGUUUUGUUGUAAAUAAUUUCAAAUAAGAUUGAGAUGUAAAGCGCACAUACACAUUCCCAGUAGCACCCACAUGCGCACACACACAUGGAAAGACAUUUGUAAAAUUUAUGAUAAAAAGUGUAAUAUCUAGUACUCAGAUUUUAAUAUAAAUAACGUUUAAAAAAAUCAACAGUGACAUUAACAGGCAAUGCUUCAAAAUUCCAAGUGUUCUGAAGUGUUCCACCUCAUUAGUACCCCAAGGAGUGAAAAUUAGUGAAAACCUUUGUUUUUGCAUGUCACAUUGAAUAUAUGAUGUGCAUCUCCAAUACUAUGCAGCCCUCAGUGAUUGUAGAUGCUGUAUUUGCUAUCGAUGCCUGCCAUACAAGCAUAAAAUAUAUUUAACAAAA